AUGGCUCUGAAUUAUAUGGAUUUGAAUCAAAUAAAAAAGGAACCGGUUUAUACUCAAAAGAAUAAAAACUUGAUUGUUGCUUUGGGAGCUCUAGGUGUCACUGGUUUUGGCGCAUACAAAGCUUAUAACUCACCUUCUAUGGCUUUAAAAAGGGAAAGAUUGUUGAAGCUUGUUGAUACAGUUGUUUCUUUAGCUGAAAUGGUAUCUGAUUCUGCUGAUGCAAUUGGGAUUCUCUCAAGAGAUCUAAAGGAAUUUAUUCGAUCAGAAUCUGAUCAAAUUCCUAGAAGCUUAAAGCAGAUUUUAAAGAUUCCUCAGUCAGAUGAGCUUUCAGAAUCUGUUGUUAAGGUUACUAGUGCUUUGACUAUUGGAUUUCUCAAAGGUUACCAGCAAGAAACAGAGAGAACUGGUUCUGGUUUGUUUGACCAAAUCCUAAAUAAACUGUUUUCUGAUGCAGGGAGUGGUUUUGUUUCUGUAAUUGUGGGAAAUUUUGCUAGAAAUUUUGUACUGGCUUUUUAUUCUCUUAAACAGAGUUCAGAUAUUGAAUACUCUGUUCCAGUAUGGGUUGGUGCUAUAUUCCAGGAUAAGUUCAGAGAAUUGAUCGGAAAUUGUGUACAAUUAUUUGUAAGCACUGCCGUUACUGUUUAUCUUGACAGGACAAUGCAUAUCAACACCUACAAUGAGAUAUUCACUGGGUUGACAAAUCCCAAGAACGAAGCUAAAAUGAGAGAAAUGCUAAUGACCAUAUGUAAUGGUGCAGUAGAAACUUUUGUCAAAACUUCUCAUCAAAUUUUGACAAGUACAGAUAUGGAUUCAGCUUCUUUUUCAGUUAAUAGCUUCAAAGAGAAACAAUUUUUGGAUGAGGAUCAGGAUACUGAGUGGAUGGAUAAAGUAUCAAAUGCUUUGAUAGUGCCAUGCAAUAAGAGGUUUAUUCUUGAUUUGAGUGGGAGAGUUAUUUUUGAGUGUGUUAAAUCUUUUGUGGAGUUUCUACUGGAAAAGUUAUACGAGUGUUUGAGAAGAUAUGUAGAUUUUAUCAAUGAGGAGGUUGUUGACAGAACUACUCAAGUUUAUAGGUGUGUGAGUGUGAAGUCCUCUGCUGUUAUUAGCUUAUGCCUUAGUUUGUGCGUAGACAUCUUGAAUGGUCCUUGGAUUUUGGUUCUUACUUAA